CAUGCCUAGCUCAACAGAUCUUCUAAAGGCUACUUCCUUCCACCAAAUCUUUACAUAUCGAUCCCAGGAUCUACCAGAUCACACUUGGUUCUACUACCCUGAACCGACCAAUGCUGCUCAUUACAGGUCGUUGACAUACAAGGACACUGAUGUCUUAUUGGAUCAUUUGGCUGCUCAAUAUGCAGAAAUAUUACCAAAGGCGGACAAUAAUACCGUCAGUAAGACGGCACCGCAGUCAAUACCUCACCCUCCUCUGGUCGUUGCUACGUUAGGCUCUAACAACAUCCAACUUUUGCUGACUGGUCUUGCGGCACAGCGAUUGCAGCAUGCCUAUCUACAUAUCAGUCCUCUGAACUCAGAUGCUGGUAUUGUAUCUCUGCUGCAAAGCGUAGAUGCCAAGGUAUUGAUCGCCGAUAAUGUGUUCUAUGAGCGCGCUGCAAGUCUGGCUGCACAAGUUGAAGGUGUCCACAUUGUUCGCAUGAUCGAAUUUGAUCCCGUCGAUGAGCUGAAGAAAGAUCUCAAGACAUUUGCCUACGAUAAAACCCGGAACGAAGGAGAUGAUAGCUCCUUCAUUUUCCAUACCUCAGGCACUAGCAGUUCUGCUCCCAAGCCAAUCUGGAUUACAAACAAAUCUUACAUACAAGGUCCACCAUUGUUCAUUAGUAAGACUACCCUGACCACAGGGCUCAUAUACCAUGGAAUGGGAGGCGCCUUAGCUCUUUUGGCUGCGCAUAUGGUGGGAUCCAUGGCACUGCCAUUGGCCAAAGAUUGUAAUCAUAGGACUCUUCCCGAAGUCAUCAAUAGCUUGAAGGUUCUUCCAAACGUCGACCGUCUUGUCAUUCACCCUAUCCUUGCUGAAGCGAUUUUGGAAACAUAUGGAAAAAAUAAUAGCCCUGAGCUUGACUAUCUACGUAAACUGGAAUCCAUAGAGGUUGGGGGAGGCAAGCUAUCCAGCGAAGUUGCAAAUGCUCUGCGAGGCUUGGGAAUCAAUGUUAGAACCAUGAUUGGAAGCACUGAAGUAGGAAUAUUCCCACUUCGCAAUGAGCCAACCGAGGAGCAUUGGGAUACGUUUGUGGCCACAAAUGACUACCAUUGCAAAUGGGAACACAUCGAAGGGGACCAAUAUGAACUUCUGUAUAACGAUCCUCCCGUUGUUGGUGCAAACAUCAGUAUUCCCGCGGACGGUGUAUACCAUACCAACGAUGUGUUUGAGGAAUGUCCCCCCAAGUCUGGAAAAUAUGUCUAUGUUGGUCGACGAGAUCAGAUGUUGAUCCACUCUAUGGGUCUCAAUACUAACCCUGUUCCCUGGGAAAAUGCCAUUCGACCUCUAGAUGAAGUUGAAGAAUGCCAGCUUGUUGGCCAUGGUCGCCGUGGACCUGUUCUUAUGGUCGAAUUGAACUGGGAUAAGAUUGAGAACGAAGAUAAGGCUCGAGCUACCAUCUGGAGAGCAGUAGAGGAAUAUAACGAUACUGUUAUGGCAUGGUCAAAAGUGCAACACCCAGAAGCUAUGAUUAUCCUACCUAGAGGAUCUCACCUUGAGCGAAGCGACAAACAAACCGUUAAACGCGGUGUCAACAUCAAGAAAUUCGAACAGGAGAUCAACCAAGGCUAUCACAACUGGGAUAGAGCCGCCCCACUUGCCAAGGCAUAGAUAUAACCAAGCAUAGCUAGGUUCUUUAGAUGAACAUUUCGUGCUGCUAAUAUAUACAAUAAACCCCAAAAUUUGCAUCUAUCCCUC